AUGUGCGGCCAUCCGUGCACAGAGCAAUGCCAUGCGCCGUACGCGUGUUCCGAGAAGAUAUCGUGUUCGUCCAAGAUUGCAGUGACAUGUAGCUGCGGACGAUUACGACAAGAAAGACGCUGCAAUGCCGCUAAGGCCGUGACCUCCAAGGGCCAGGUGCAGUCGCCCCAACGCCACCCAGAGUUGACACCGUUGACGUGCGACGAUGAAUGUACGCGCCUAGAGCGGAACCGCUCCCUGGCGGGCGCUCUCGGCAUCGAUAUCAACCAGACAACCACGCUUCAAACUAUCACAGCCGAGAACCUCCCAUACUCGGAAGAGACUCUGAACCAAUACGUUCAGCUCGCAUGCUCGGUGCCUCUAUCAACACUCCAAACCUACGAAUCCAAUCUCCAAGCCCUAGCAGCAGCAGACAAACCCACCCGCUCAUUCCGCUUCCAACCGGCGAAAGCCACUCUCCGCGCAUUCGCGCACUCCCUCGCCGCAGACUGGGGCUUCGUGACGGAAAGCCAUGACCCAGAACCCCACCGCCACGUUUUCGUCUUGAAACCGAUUGCCUGGAUGCCUCCCCUCUUUGGCAUGGGGAGUGGCUCCACCAUCGGUAUCGGCAGCAUGAGCGUGCGCGAGUGUGUCAAGCUCCGCGAGCGUGAGCGCAGCAAAGAACAAGAAGCGCGCCGUGUCGCUGCGCUUGAGGCUAAAGCCACCCGUGAAGCCGCCAAGGCACAGGCUAGUACUGGCAACGGCGGAUGGGCUCAGGUUGCUUCGAAGAGCAAGGGUAGUAGUGGGGCUGGCUCGAGGACUGGAACUCCGGUUCAGAACUCGUGGGUGAGCAAGUCUAUUUAUGCUGCUCUUGAUGGUGAUGGUGCGAAGAAGGAGCGCUUGGUUCUGAGGUCUGGUGUCGGGGCUGGGAAGUCUAUGCGUGCCAAGACCCCUGCGCCUGAGGUUGUUGAUGAUUGGGAAGAAGCUGAAGAGAAGGAGGAGAAAGAGGAAGCGGGGGAACAGGACCCGGACCAGAGCCAGGAAAUAUCCGUUCAUGAGGACCCUGAGGGAAAACUUGAACUUGCUCCUGAAUCUUGUGGUCCCGAGACGGAGACUCCGGCGGAAGAUCGCCCCACUCAAGCUCAAGCAACUGUUGCAGAUGAUGUGCCAAUCUAA